AUGACUGUUGGAAAAUAUGAAGUCGUAAACUACAAUGAGGGAUUACCUUUGCCUGAUUCCCAUAAAAUUACUAUUCGAGUACUUCCAUCAUAUGGGAACAACUACCACUACGCAGAAAAUGUGGUGUGGGGACAUUUCGCGUUUCAGGCAGCGGAUGCCGGUGAUUACAUGGCUUGCUUCUUCGCAGCUGACACCAAACCCUCAAGUUUUAUGACUGUAGACUUCGAAUGGAAGUCCGGUGUUGCUGCCAAGGACUGGAGCCAUAUUGCCAAGAAAGGUUCUGUUACGGCAAUGGAACUGGAGUUGGAGAGGAUGUAUGAUACGGUCCAGGCCAUUCACGACGAGAUAUAUUAUCUACGUGAAAGGGAAAAAGAAAUGCAGCUGCUAAACAUAUCGACCAACUCAAAAAUGGCGUGGCUCAGUUUUCUGUCACUUCUCGUUUCCUUAUCUGUCACAGGGCUGCAGCUUUGGCAUUUGAAAUCAUUCUUUCAAAAGAAGAAGCUUAUUUAAACUCACCAUGUUUGCCUUUGUAUU